AUGCUGGCGUUCCGUGGUUUUUCAUUGCUAUCACUCGCCUUGUUGGCCAGUACAGUCCCACUUGCUGCCAGCCAAGCCGUGCCUAGCUAUCACAUUACCCCCGAAACGAAAUGGAUGAAUGACCCCCAACGUCCAUUCUUCCUUGGGAAUGAAUGGCAUUUCUAUUACCUUUACAAUUCCGACUUUGACAGCUCAAACCCCGGUUCAGGUGGGACAGAAUGGUAUCAUGUCACGAGCACCGACAUGGUGAACUGGACUCGCCAGGGUGUAGCGAUCGAGAAAUACAAACCCAAUCCUCCCAACGGCGUGAACCUGGGUGACAUCGAAACUGGCAGCGCCGUAGUGGAUGCGGACAACAAGGCUGGCUUUGGCAAAAAUGCCGUCCUGGCCAUUCUUACACAGAUGGCGGAGGGGGUGCAACAACAGUCUCUCUUCUAUUCAACCGACAAUGGCGACAGCUUCGCCCCCUACAAGGGCAAUCCUGUUCUGCCAAACCCAGAUCCGGAUACGAAACCUGCGUUUCGAGACCCCAAGAUCUUUUGGGAUAGUGAAGCAGGCAAUUGGGCCAUGUCUCUCGCGGAGGGUAACAGGAUCGGCUUCUAUACCUCCCCGGAUCUCAAGACCUGGAAGCAUACUUCCUCGUUCACCCCAAACACUGGUGUCAACCUGGACCCCCUCGAGUGCCCAGACCUUUAUCAGAUCGACCUAGACGGGGAUUCUAAGCAGCGCACCUGGAUCCUGGCCGCAGGUGCAAAAGGAAGCACCCUCUAUUGGAUCGGGAAAUGGGACGGCAAUGGCUUCACGGCCACAGACGCGAAGCCGCAAUUGAUGGAUGAUGGGCCCGACUUCUACGCCACGGUCAGCUGGGAUAACCCGAAAGAUACAUACGGCAGUCGCUAUGCAAUUGCCUGGAUGAAUAACUGGGAAUACGCAGCUUCGCUACCUUAUUACGGGGACUUUGCUGGUCAGACCAGUAUGGUCCGGGAGGUUAAGCUCAAGACCAUCAACAAUUCUCCUACCCUUGUUAGCAGCCCAAUAAAAGGGUAUGAAGGGAUUUUUGGCCCUGUCAAAUCCGUGAGUAAGAAGACCAUUACAAAGGAUCCGAAAUCUGCAUCUCUGCCCAGCGGCCUAACGGGAAAUGCGUACGCCAUCCGCGCAACGAUCUCCAAGGCAGACGGUGACGACGGCAACGAAGUCCGCUUCCGCAUCAAAUCCGACGGGUCUUUUAGCACGACUCUUGGCUAUAACUUCAAGAAUUCCCAAGCGUUUUUGGUGAGGGAUUCCGACGGUUCCGCGACAGAUUCCAUGCCAUCGGGUCCGAAGAAGGCAUACGACACUAUAGCUACGGCACCGAAUCCUUCAGGAGGCAACACAGUCAAGCUGGAGAUAUAUGUGGACUCGAACUCAGUGGAGGUGUUCGUGGAUGACGGUGUGGCUGUGCUAUCGGGGCUUAUUUAUCCGAACAAGGCGGCGGAGGGGGUUCUGGUUGUGUCCGAUACGGGAAGCUUGACGUUGACGUCGUUUAGUUAUGCUGAGUAUGAGGGAUAG